AUGAGAGGCAAAAGAAAAACAAACCAGCUUAGCGUCCUUGACUGGCUGGAAACAGCCCACUGCUGCCAUAUAUUGGACUCUAAUUAUGUCACACCAGGAUGCAGCUGCAGUGGACCAUGCCGGAAGAUCCUCACCACACACAUCACCGAUAAACUUAAACUCAAAGUAGAAACAAUAUUCGUGGGGAAGGACAAGGCUCAUGGGGUUUUAGUUUCUACCAAAUGGGCAAACUCUGGCUGGUUUGAAGAGCCGAAGAUGGGUAAUCUGGAAAGGGAGUGUCUUGAGGAGAAGUGUUCAUAUGAGAAUGCGCGGGAGGUGUUUGAACACACUGAAGCUAAUGAAUCCUUGUGUUUGUAUGCAGUUAAAGAUCACUGCGAAUCAAAUCCAUGUGAGAAUAACGGGCUCUGCAGAACCUAGAACACAGAAUCCUACAUGUGUCUGUGUGUGCCCGGCUUCAGCGGACGCAACUGUGAGCAGGACAUUCCUGACUCCUGCUUGCAUGAUAACGGUCAGUGUGAGCACUUCUGCAUGGAGGAGGUUGGUCAGCGUAACCUUUCCUGUGUUGAUGGCUAUUUCUUAGGGUCAAAUGGUCAGAGCUGCCUGACAAUUGAGGCUUUUCCAUCUGGGAAGGUUCCUCUUCUUCAGGGUGGAGGUGCUGCUACGAACCCUCAGGUUGAUGUUAGAUCUUGUAUCGUUGGUGGAGCAGAAUGUCCUAAAGGACACUGUCCCUGGCAGGUGUUGUUGAAGUAUGCUCAGAAGGAUUUCUGUGGAGUUGUGAUCUACAAACCCACCUUGUUCCUCACAUAUGCAAACAACAUGAGCAGCUUCAAGGCACAGGUCAUCCAGGUGGAACAGAUACUCAUGCACGCCGGCUACGUCUCUGAGACCUCAGACAAUGACAUUGCCCUACUGUAUCUUCGCAAGCCCAUCGUCUAUAGUGCCUAUGCUGUUCCUGUUUGUUUGCCAGUGCGAGACAUGGCUGAGCACGAGCUGUGGGCGGUUAACAAGCACACGGUGAGUGGUUGGAGCAAACACAUCGAGGACGGGCCUACAUCACGCUUAUUGCAACGGUGCCCCCCCAUCCGCAUGCAGGAGCGCAACGUGACGCUCACCAACAACAUGUUCAGUGCCGGUUACAUCGAGGCAGCACCACCGGCAGAAAGCCGCCGGGAUGAGCAGCGACAGCUGACCCAAGUGAGUGAACCCACCACUGCCACCCUCACUAUGAGCCACCCUCAUCCCUCAUCGCCACACGCGGAUAGUCAAAAAGCAGAUGCAGGAACCAAAGUCAAAGCUCUAGGAUCCAUGGAAGCUGUUUGCAAACAACUGGGCACACUGCGACAGGAUGAAACUAUCACUGACCUUGUGGCCAAGACCAAGCAAUAUGCAGAGCGUUACGGCCUGAAGCCGCCACAUCCAGUCCGCAGCAGCAAGACACCUGCACGCUUUUGCUAUACACAAGAGGAGGAGGCCAAUGACCAAGAGUGCAGCGAAGUGGAGGUGUAUCCGAACGUGUGGAAAAGGGAGAUGUUUGAGGCGCUGGACCUGGUGCGCUCAGAAGUGGAGAGGCGUUUUGACCAGGUCGGAAUCCAAGUUGCUGCAGGGCGAGAGCAGGCGAUCAUUGAGGCAGCGCAAGGAAAAAAGUUAAUGUGA